AAAAAAGAAAAGAAAUAGCGAGAGUAGAGAGUAACAUCGAGGGAGAGAGAAAGGGAGAGUAAAACCCUAAUUGAUAGUGGCACGCACUCUGCUCCUCAUAAAACCCUAACGUACUUGCGAUAAACCCUCCCGUUUUUUGACCAAUUUGCUGCUUUUAUAACUUAAUCGCCGCUUUUACUCUCAAAGUCAUGUUCUUUAACUUUACUUGCCUGGUUCUUCCUCGCCCUCUCUCUUCUUGCCAUGGUUGGAUUUCCAGCUAAGCCACUUAAAACCGCUGAAGAAGAGCUAUCGGUUGAAGUAGUCGAACAGGACUCAAAGGUAAAAGCUUUCGACUCCCUCGAUUUCCCUUCCAUCGAUUCCUUCCUUGAUUUCGAUUCCUGCAACUGGUUGGGGAAUAGUCGGAACACUGAGGAGUUUAGCAUAGACGAUACGGACUUUGAUUUUUUCGAGGACGAGAUGGAGAUUGGUCAAGAAGGUGUUACUGUUAGCGAGGAAGGGAGUCCGGAUUAUCUGUCUCAGGUUAUGCCUGAGUCGAUUGAGCUCAAACCCGAGCUCUGUGGUGACAUCCCUGAAGAAACUGGAGUGAGCUCGAUUACGUCUGAGUCGAAGAUUGAGGUAAAGCCUGAGCUUUGUGAUGACAUGUCUGCAAAUUUUAACGGUGUGGCUGAAUCAGCAGCGAGAGAGUCAGAACCUGUUGUUUCUGACAGCUCUAGGCCAAUGGAAGGUGAGACUAUGCAUGUUGCUUCUCACACCAUGAAUUUGGAUGAACCGGAAUUGAAGAAAACAGAUGAGGGUUUGGCUUCUUCUAUUGAAGUAGGGUUGCAGAAGGUCAGUUUGACCAUGGAUGAUGAUGAGAAGAGUGAUGUGGCUAAGGGAAAAACUAAUACUGCUGAGUCUGAGAGCGAAACCUCGAGCUCUUCUUCGAGCGCUAGUGAUAGUAGUAGCAGUGAAGAAGAAGAGAGUGAUGACGAGGAGAGUGAAGAGGAGGAAAAUAAGAAGGAAAAGAAGCUUGAAGAUCAAAUGGUUAUCGGGAAAGAGGAUGAUUUGGCAGUGGAACUUGAAGAGGGCGAGAUAGAGAGUGUAGAUGAGGAGCAUGAGGUUGAAGACGACGACGAUGAUGAUGAUGAUGAUGACGACGACGAUGAAGUGAAUGAGAUGAUUGCUUGGAGCAAUGAUGAGGAUGAGGACCUCGGUUUGCAAACAAAAGAUCCUAUAAGGUCAAAGAAUGAGCUCAAGGAACUUCCUCCAGUUCCAGCUGUCGAUGUCAGUCUGGAACCGCAUCAUGUAACGCUUCCUGUUGGAGUUGUUCUUUCGGUAAUGAGUGCACAAGUGAUAGUUGAGGGGAGGGAAAAGCAUAAUCCUUUGACUGAAGGUUCUAUCCUAUGGAUAACUGACAGAAGAUCGCCAUUGGGACUUGUGGAUGAGAUCUUUGGACCUGUAAAGUGCCCUUACUAUAUUGUGAGGUUCAAUUCAGAGAGCGAAGUGCCAGAGGGUAUCAGUCAAGGUACAUCUGUCUCAUUCGUCGCGGAUUUCGCCCAGCAUAUCCUCAAUAUCAAGGAACUGCAGAAGAAAGGUUACGAUGCAUCUGGAGAUAACGACGAGGAGAUAUCAGACGAGCUUGAGUUCUCGGAUGAUGAAAAGGAGGCCGAGUACAGAAGAAUGCAGAAGAUGGAAAAGAGAGGGAUGGCGAAUGACCAAAAAACCGGUAACUCAAGAAACAAGAAGAAGAAAAACCGGGAUCACGGAAGGCCUACAAGCAGUUACUCAGGGGAAUUGACAGAGAACCAUGGAUCUAGUUCUCUAUCCUCAAGCCGUUCUGAACCGCAAAUGGGUGGUCCUGUUCCGAAUCAUCAGCCGCGUCCUCAGAUGGAGGGUUUUCCUCCAAAUGGUGGGUCAUGGAGACCCCAGAGCAAUCAGCAGAACCCGUAUCAGCUUCCUCCUACACCUAACCAGAUGGGAAUGCCGAAUCUAGGUCCAAUGCAGAUACCUUUGAUGGCAAUGCAAAAUCAGAAUCAAAUGAUGUUUCAACCACAGUUCAAUGGUGGCCAGAUGUCGAUGCCUGGUGGACCGGGGGGAUUAAACUUCUUCCCAGGACAGGCUUCAGCGCCAUGGCCUGCAUUAGUUGGUCAGAACUGUUUCAACCAACAACCGUUUGGGAUGGGCCGCGGGAUACAGCGUCCGCAGUUACCGAAUGAGCUGAAUUUUAAUAUGUUUGGUUCCCAAGGUUUUCAGAUGCAGCAGCCGCAGCCCCAAAUGCACCGACCACAGACUCCGAUGAACCCACAGUUCCAAAUGCAACCGCAGUACCAAAUGAUGAACCACCCGCCACAGUCCGCAAUGAACCCGCCGCAAUUUCAAAUGCCACCACAAUCUGAAACUCGUCCACAGUCUCAGUUCUCUCAGUCACCAACUAACUUGCAGUCCCCAUCGCAACCACAGUCUCAAGGUUUUAGCAACGGGCAGUCUUCUGAACGGGGAAGGGGCCACCGUGGUCGUGGUAGGGGUAGGGGCCGUGGUCGGUUUGGACGUGGUCGGCAACAAUCUGGAUAAAACUGUUUUUGUUAAGAAUUUUAUUGAUGUGUGUCAAAAGCAGGUUUUAAUUAGCUUUGUAUGCCAGUUUUGUUUCGUAAACUAAACAACUCAGCUGUGAUUUAUGAUCAUUUUCUCCAUACAUUCUCCAAUUGCCAACACUUAAUCUAACCAAGACAGUUG